AUGUCUCAGAUGCAUGCAGUUGCUGAUGAUUUUGAUGCCUCAGAACUAAAAUUCUCAAAAGAGUUUGAGAAUGCUGACACUCUCAUGCUUGCAGAAGUAAAGAUUUUGUUGGAACAUAGAAAAGAACAAAAUGAAAAUGCAACAGUCCAUGAACUUGAAUUAUCUCCUGUAUUUACUAAAACUUUGAAUUAUGUGACACAAUUCUCAAAAUUUAAUAAUCGGGAAACAAUUGAAAGUGUUAGAAAUCUUUUAUCUCAGAGACGAUUUCAUAAUUUUGAAUUGGCUGCUUUAGCUAAUUUACUACCGGAUACAGCAGAAGAAAGUAAAGCACUUAUUCCAAGUCUAGAUAGUCCACGAUUUACUGAAGAAGAAUUACAACAGUUAUUAGAUGAAAUACAAUCGAAACGAAGUUUUCAAUCCUAA